AUAACCAAUAUACACAAUUAUGAUAUAGCCACCGCAUUUACGCUACUGCGGUCAGAAGCCUAUACGCUGCUGCGUCUUUUUUAUCACGCAUUAUUUAUUUUCUUAAUCAGCCAUGUUUUGUGGUGUGCGUGUGCACGCGUGCGUGUAGGCCUAUGAGGGUUUUAUUAUUACUAUUAUUUUAUUUCGGGAAAGGGAUUAUUCUGGGCUCUCGUCGUCUAGGGGGGGCACUAGUCUGAGGAAGCUAUGAAUUUUGAAUUUGAGAGGGAGAUCGGGUUUAUAAACAGCCAGCCGUCCCUAGCAGAGUGCUUGACGUCCUUCCCCGCCGUCCUGGAGUCAUUUCAAACUUCAUCAAUCAAGGAGUCGACAGUAAUUCCGCCUCCCUUCGAGCACACCAUCCCCAGCUUGAGCCCUUGCACAGCCACCCAGCCGAAACCAGCUUCUGGGAGCCAGCAGAGCCGGAGAAGCUCGGCUACAAAUGACCACCAGACGCAUCACCGCGCCGUCCAGCAGCCAUGCCCGCCUGGCCAGGCCCCGGCACUGGCCACCCCGGUUGGUCCAUUGGCCCAUGAGUUUCCCUGGAUGAAAGAGAAGAAACCAUCCAAGAAAUGCCCCAAGCCUGGAAGCGGCUCCAGCGGGGGCGGAUCCAUCAUCACACCGGCAUCAUCCUACCCCUCGCCAAACGCCUCUGGGUACGCUUCGGCGGGCAUCGAGUCACCCACAGUAGACUCAAGCCAAGUUGGCCUGGACGCCGGGGGAUCCGGGUCCCGUCGCCUGCGCACCGCCUACACCAACACACAGCUUCUGGAGCUGGAAAAGGAAUUCCACUUCAACAAGUACUUAUGUCGGCCGAGGAGAGUGGAGAUCGCCGCUCUACUAGAUCUCACAGAGCGCCAGGUCAAAGUUUGGUUUCAGAAUCGGAGGAUGAAACACAAGCGACAGACCACGCACCGGGAUGGCAGCGGAGGAAGUCCGUGUUCCAGCGGGUUUGAGCCGCUCGAAGGUGCCGAUGCAUCGUCUCCAUACUCCAGCCAGCCGCUGGAAGCUUCUGGCACCGGGGAAAGCACAACAGGGAGCGAGCAGGGGGACGGCAAUACGCCGUCGACUGCUAUUUCUAGCGGCUAUAGUACCACUGACAACGGGGACAAUGCACAACCCACGCAGGAGGACACAGACUGCGUGAGCCUGCAGCCCAGGACAUCUGUCUCAACGGACUCUGCUGGAGCUCUGCGCUCCCCGACAAACUCAUCUGAGAGCACUGGUCUCAUACAACGUAGGGGGUCCGGGAAUGCACCGGGCCCCGAUCCGUCUUUUUUGGAUCACCGUGUGAUCGCUCCAUCUGAUUCUCACCCAUCCGCCUCCUCAUCGUCCACCGCGCUUUCCGACCUGACACUUUUCACUGAUGACACCUGCUUGUCUCCCAGCCUGCAAAGCUCCCUGGAUAGUCCGGUGGAUUUUUCCGAGGAAGACUUCGAUUUGUUCACAAGCACACUGUGCACCAUAGAUUUACAGCACCUCAACUUUUGAAGGUAGUGGCAACGGUUCAACAAGGGGAAUACAACUCACCAGGGAGUGAAUAAUGAACAUACAACCAUUCGAAGGGACUGUUGUUAAAAAAAGCUUCUCCGCAACAUUCCUGAAAGGUUUAUGAAUAAACAUGUUGCUCUUUUUUAUCUAACAUUCCUUCGCCCUUUUUUGUUUAUGGCUGCAAUUGUACUUUAAGAGACACAGUCAGCAAAUUUCAUUUGAUUUGAUUUGAUUUGAUUUUUAUUUUUUAUCUCAAACAUGGAAAGAAGGUAGCGCAGUCCUUUUGUUUUGGUUAGAUUAUUAUCUCCCCCGAUUAGGCAGAUUCCAGGUGUUGUUUAAUUUAUGAUGUUUUGUAUUGUUUUUAUUUUUUGUGAAUUGGGCUUCUCUUAAUCGGUGAGAUGAUUAAUGUAUUCUGGUCUAUUAGGGGUUCACCUUCGUGGAUCCUAAAAAACUCAGGAACUGCUCACAGCAGGACUGCUUUGAAAAAACUAAUGUAUUCUAAAUUGAGGAAUAAAGUUUUUUUUUUCUCUGGGCGACAACCCCUGCUGAAGAGCCGAUAUGUAGACCUUAGUUUAUUUAUUAAGAUUCUUUAAUAGUGAAAAUCAAAAUUAUUUAUUGUACAAAUAUUUUCAUAGCGGGAUAAUAAUAAAGAAUAAAAAUAUAAACGUUC